AUGGUGGAUAAAAAUAUUUACAUCAUUCAAGGGGAAAUUAACAUUGUGGUUGGGGCCAUCAAACGGAAUGCCCGAUGGAGCACCCAUACACCACUGGAUGAAGAACGGGAUCCUCUGCUGCAUAGUUUCAGUCAUCUAAAGGAGAUUUUAAACAACGUAACAGUACUCUCAGAAAUUGAGCCCAAUGUGUUCCUUCGUCCAUUUCUGGAAGUAAUUCGCUCUGAAGAUACCACUGGCCCUAUAACUGGACUUGCACUCACCUCUGUCAACAAGUUCCUAUCCUAUGCGCUCAUAGAUCCCACCCAUGAGGGCACAGCAGAGGGCAUGGAGAACAUGGCAGAUGCUGUCACCCAUGCCCGUUUUGUGGGCACAGAUCCUGCCAGCGAUGAGGUUGUCCUGAUGAAAAUCCUUCAGGUACUGCGGACUCUGUUGCUGACCCCAGUAGGUGCCCACCUAACCAAUGAAUCUGUGUGUGAGAUUAUGCAGUCUUGCUUCCGGAUCUGCUUUGAAAUGAGGCUCAGUGAGUUAUUGAGAAAAUCCGCAGAGCACACUCUCGUAGACAUGGUGCAGCUGCUCUUCACAAGGUUACCUCAGUUUAAAGAAGAACCCAAGAACUAUAUGGGGACCAACAUGAAAAAGCUGAAAAUGAGAGCAGGAGGCAUGAGUGAUUCAUCUAAGUGGAAGAAACAGAAGAGAUCUCCCCGGGCCCCACGUCAUAUGACCAAAGUCUUACCAAGUUCAGAGCAGCCCACCUCCAGUGGAACCACCUUAUCCUCUAACCUCAGUGGUGGCAUGCCCUUCAUUGAUGUACCCACUCCCAUCUCCUCUGCAAGUUCAGAAACUGCCUCAGCAGUGGUCAGCCCCUCUACUGACAGUGGUCUGGAGUUCUCCUCCCAGACUGCUUCCAAAGAGGACCUCACUGACCUGGAGCAGCCUGGCUCUCCAGGGUACAGCACAGUUGCAGAGCCUGGCAGCAGCGAGCUGGGGGUUCCUGAGCAACCUGAGCCACAGCAGGAAGGGGCCCAUGUGGAAAAGGCCCAGUCAACAUCUGUGGAAUCCAUCCCUGAAGUGUUAGAGGAAUGCACAUCCCCUGCUGACCACUCUGACUCUGCCUCUGUCCACGACAUGGAUUAUGUCAACCCCCGGGGCGUGCGUUUUACACAGUCCUCUCAGAAAGAAGGCACAGCUUUGGUCCCCUAUGGUCUUCCCUGCAUCCGUGAGCUCUUCCGCUUUCUCAUCUCCCUCACCAACCCACAUGACCGCCACAACUCAGAGGUUAUGAUCCACAUGGGACUGCAUCUGCUCACAGUGGCUCUUGAGUCCGCCCCCAUAGCCCAGUGCCAAACCCUUUUGGGCCUCAUCAAGGAUGAGAUGUGCCGCCACUUAUUCCAGCUACUCAGCGUAGAGCGACUGAACCUUUAUGCUGCUUCCCUCCGGGUAUGCUUCCUACUCUUUGAGAGCAUGAGGGAGCAUCUCAAGUUCCAAUUAGAGAUGUACAUCAAAAAGCUCAUGGAGAUCAUCACUGUGGAGAACCCCAAGAUGCCUUAUGAGAUGAAGGAGAUGGCCCUGGAGGCUAUUGUGCAGCUCUGGCACAUCCCCAGCUUUGUCACUGAGCUCUAUAUCAACUAUGAUUGUGACUACUACUGUUCCAACCUCUUUGAAGAUCUCACCAAGCUGCUGUCCAAGAAUGCCUUCCCUGUGUCUGGUCAACUGUAUACAACACACCUGCUGUCUCUUGAUGCCCUGUUGACAGUGAUUGACAGCACUGAGGCCCACUGCCAGGCCAAAGUCCUCAACAACCUUCUCCAGCAAGAAAGGAAAGAGGCCGCCAGACCUGGCUAUGAGGCAGUAGAUGGCACUCGAGAAGCCAACAAUACCGAGAGAGCAGCCAGUGAUGGGAAGGCUACAGGCAUGGCCCCAGACAUCGCAGGCCUGAAUCUGCCAGGUGGAGGGCGGCUGCCAGCAGAACAUGGGAAACCAGGAUGCAGUGAUCUGGAGGAAGCUGGUGACUCUGGGGCUGACAAAAAGUUUACCCAGAAGCCACCUCGAUUUUCCUGUCUCCUGCCAGAUCCACGGGAGUUGACUGAAAUUAAAAACAAAAAGAAGCUGCUGAUCACUGGCACAGAGCAGUUCAACCAGAAACCAAAAAAGGGGAUCCAGUUUUUGCAGGAGAAAGGUCUCCUUACCAUCCCAAUGGAUAACACAGAGGUAGCCCAGUGGCUGCGAGAGAACCCUCGACUGGACAAGAAAAUGAUUGGAGAGUUUGUGAGUGACCGCAAAAACAUUGACUUGCUGGAGAGCUUUGUGAGCACCUUCAGCUUUCAGGGUCUGCGACUGGAUGAAGCUCUCCGGCUCUAUCUGGAAGCCUUCCGCUUGCCUGGGGAAGCACCGGUCAUACAGAGGUUGCUAGAGGCAUUCACAGAACAUUGGAGGAAUUGUAAUGGCUCCCCAUUUGCCAAUAGCGAUGCCUGCUUUGCCCUGGCCUAUGCUGUCAUCAUGCUUAAUACUGACCAGCACAACCACAAUGUUCGCAAACAGAAUGCGCCCAUGACCCUAGAGGAGUUUCGCAAAAAUCUAAAAGGUGUGAAUGGAGGCAAGGACUUUGAGCAAGACAUCCUGGAGGACAUGUACCAUGCCAUCAAGAAUGAGGAAAUUGUGAUGCCUGAAGAGCAGACAGGCUUGGUCCGGGAGAAUUAUGUGUGGAAUGUGCUGCUUCAUCGAGGUGCCACCCCAGAGGGCAUAUUCCUACGUGUACCUGCUGGCAGCUAUGAUCUUGACCUCUUCACCAUGACCUGGGGCCCCACUAUUGCUGCUCUCUCUUAUGUUUUUGACAAAAGCCUUGAGGAGACAAUCAUCCAAAAAGCCAUCUCAGGCUUCAGGAAGUGCGCCAUGAUCUCCGCCCACUAUGGCCUCAGUGAUGUGUUUGACAAUCUCAUCAUCUCUCUAUGCAAAUUCACAGCUCUCAGCAGUGAGUCUAUUGAGAACCUGCCCACUGUGUUUGGAAGCAACCCUAAGGCCCACAUUGCAGCCAAGACGGUGUUCCAUUUGGCCCACCGUCACGGUGACAUCCUGCGAGAGGGCUGGAAGAAUAUCAUGGAGGCCAUGUUGCAACUCUUCCGAGCCCAACUGCUACCCAAGGCUAUGGUAGAGGUAGAAGACUUUGUGGAUCCCAAUGGCAAGAUCUCUUUACAGCGGGAAGAGACACCAUCGAACCGAGGAGAGUCAACAGUGCUGAGCUUUGUGAGCUGGCUGACACUAAGUGGUACUGAGCAGUCUAGUGUGCGGGGCCCAUCCACUGAGAACCAAGAGGCCAAGAGAAUGGCUUUGGACUGUAUCAAGCAAUGUGACCCAGAAAAGAUGAUCACAGAAAGCAAAUUCCUCCAGCUGGAGUCACUGCAGGAGCUCAUGAAGGCUCUGGUCUCAGUGACACCAGAUGAAGAGACCUAUGAUGAAGAGGAUGCUGCUUUCUGCCUGGAAAUGCUGCUGAGGAUUGUGCUAGAGAACAGGGACCGUGUUGGCUGUGUGUGGCAGACUGUUCGAGACCAUCUAUACCACCUAUGUGUCCAGGCCCAGGACUUCUGCUUCCUUGUGGAGCGGGCAGUGGUGGGGCUGCUGCGCCUAGCCAUUCGGUUACUCCGGAGAGAAGAGAUCAGUGGCCAGGUACUGCUCUCCCUGCGCAUUUUGUUACUAAUGAAGCCCAGCGUGUUAUCCCGAGUCAGUCACCAGGUAGCCUAUGGGCUCCAUGAACUCCUUAAGACCAACGCAGCCAAUAUCCACUCAGGCGAUGACUGGGCCACCCUCUUCACACUGCUGGAGUGCAUUGGCUCGGGUGUAAAGCCUCCAGCUGCCCUGCAGGCCACAGCCAGUGCCGACGCACCUGAUGCUGGGGCCCAGUCAGAUAGUGAACUCCCAUCCUACCAUCAAAAUGAUGUGAGCCUGGACCGGGGGUACACUUCUGACUCAGAGGUCUACACUGACCAUGGCAGACCUGGCAAGAUUCAUCGAUCAGCCACAGAUGCUGAUGUGGUCAACAGCGGUUGGUUAGUGGUGGGGAAAGAUGACAUCGAUAACUCCAAGCCAGGGCCUGGGCCCAGCCAGCCAGGUCCUUCACCCCUGGUCAAUCAAUACAGCCUAACAGUGGGGCUGGACCUUGGGCCACAUGAUACCAAGUCCCUGCUCAAGUGUGUGGAGUCACUGUCCUUCAUCGUGCGUGACGCUGCCCACAUCACACCUGACAACUUUGAGCUCUGUGUCAAGACUCUCCGCAUCUUUGUGGAGGCCAGUCUAAAUGGCGGGUGCAAGUCCCAGGAGAAACGUGGCAAGAGUCACAAAUAUGACAGCAAAGGGAACCGCUUCAAGAAAAAAUCCAAGGAAGGCUCAAUGCUUCGGCGGCCUCGAACCUCCAGCCAACAUGCCACUCGGGGUGGGCACAGUGACGACGAUGAGGAUGAAGGUGUGCCGGCCAGCUACCAUACGGUGUCUUUACAGGUCAGUCAGGACUUGCUAGAUCUGAUGCACACUCUGCACACAAGGGCAGCCUCCAUCUACAGCUCAUGGGCAGAGGAGCAGCGCCACCUGGAGACAGGCGGCCGGAAGAUUGAAGCUGAUUCACGUACCCUCUGGGCUCACUGCUGGUGCCCUUUACUGCAGGGCAUUGCCUGCCUAUGCUGUGAUGCCCGGCGGCAGGUGAGGAUGCAGGCACUGACCUAUCUGCAGCGAGCACUGCUGGUACAUGAUCUGCAGAAGUUAGAUGCUCUGGAAUGGGAAUCCUGUUUUAACAAGGUGCUGUUUCCUCUACUGACCAAGCUCUUGGAGAACAUCAGCCCUGCAGAUGUGGGUGGGAUGGAGGAGACCCGGAUGAGGGCUUCUACUCUGCUCUCUAAGGUCUUUCUGCAGCACCUGUCUCCACUUCUGUCGCUGUCCACCUUUGCGGCCCUCUGGCUGACCAUCCUGGACUUCAUGGACAAGUACAUGCAUGCAGGCUCCAGUGACUUACUGUCAGAAGCCAUUCCAGAGUCUCUGAAGAACAUGCUCCUGGUGAUGGACACAGCAGAGAUUUUCCACAGUGCAGAUGCCCGAGGAGGCAGCCCCUCAGCCCUCUGGGAGAUCACCUGGGAGCGCAUAGACUGUUUCCUGCCCCACCUGCGAGAUGAGCUCUUCAAGCAGACUGUCAUCCAGGACCCUGUGCCCAUGGAGCCUCAUGCCCCAAAACCGCUGGCCUCAGCACACCUGACUCCUGCUGCUGGUGACACUAGGACACCUGGCCAUCCACCUCCCCCAGAAAUGCCCUCUGAGCUGGGGACCUGUGACUUUGAGAAGCCUGAGGGCCCCCGACCGGCUAACAGCAGUUCUUCUGGAUCACCAGUGGCGUCCAGCCCCAGCAGGCUGAGCCCUACCCCAGAUGGGCCUCCACCACUGGCUCAGUCCCCACUGAUCCUGCAGCCCUUGGCCUCCCCACUGCAGGUGGGCGUGCCCCCCAUGACUCUGCCCAUCAUCCUCAAUCCCGCUCUCAUUGAGGCCACCUCACCUGUGCCCCUCCUGGCCACACCUCGCCCCACAGACCCCAUGCCCACCUCCGAGGUCAACUAA